ACUCUUUAAUAAGAAAAAAAUGUAUUAACUCUACUUAAAUUGAAAUAAAAGCAACAAUUUAAAGCACAUUGUUCUCUUCCCUCUAUAUAUUUCCAUAAUAUUCGUCUCUUAAUCCCGCAACACACACCUGCAACAAUCCCCGGGAAGGCGGGGACCAACAAGCACCAUCCCAAACCCCGACUGCCACCACCACCGCCACCGCCACCGCCAUUAAUUGUCGCCUAAUUUCCACCGGAAAAUGACUCGAGCCGCCACCCUAUAUUCAGUAUCACUGCUUGCAGCAUGUGUGUCCAUUUUGGUUGGACCAACUGAUGAGUUUUUGUUUGGUCCGGGCCUAGGAGGCCUAGGACUGGGAAACGACUGUUGGGCCUCUCUCAGAGGGGCCCGAGGGUGCGGUCUACAGGCCGUGGUGCAAUCGUUCGUGAAGGCCCAGCCCGAAUUGAUGGGCCCAGAUUGUUGUAGGGCCUUUCUUGAUGCUGAUGACAAGUGUUGGCCCAAGGUGUUCCCUUUGAACCCUUUCUUCCCUCCUACCCUUAAGAGCUAUUGCGAAAAACAAGAUCAAGAAGCAAAAGAUAAAAUGGCUCAAGAAGAAAAAGAUAAAAGGGAUCAAGAAGAACAAGAUGAAAGGGAUAAAGAAGAACAAGAAAAAAGGGAUCAAGAAGAAAUGGAUAGAGUGGCUCAGGAAGAACAAGAUAAAAGGGAUCAAGAAGAAAAAGAUAGACGAGAGCAAGAUAAAAAUGAUGAUGACAAAGACGACGACGACGACGAUAAUGACAAAGAUUAAACAACAGUCAUCGUCAUCAAUCGCGCCCCCUCCACCACAGCCCCCGCCUAGUCUGGUGUCACCCGCAUUUCGACGGAGACAGGUGACCCAAUGCAUUAUGGGUGAAAAUGAAAGUGACAAGAAUGCUACUAUUUGCCAAGAACAAAGAAAAAGAGCAAAAC